AUGACCGAGCUCUACCCCUCCCUUUCGCAGUGCGCGCUUGUCGCCGCGGCACUUAAGAUUCUGUUGUUCCCGGCCUACAAAUCGACCGAUUUUGAGGUACACCGCAACUGGCUUGCCAUCACCAACACCUUACCGCUAUGGGAGUGGUACUACGAAAAGUCGUCAGAAUGGACGCUCGACUACCCGCCGUUCUUCGCCUAUUUCGAGUGGAUCAUGUCGCAGGUCGCCAAGCUGGUUGACCCGGCCAUGCUCAAGGUGUACAACCUGGACUAUGAAAGCUGGCAGACGGUAUACUUUCAGCGAUUCACCGUCAUCAUAUCGGAGCUGGUCCUGGUGUAUGCGCUGCAGAUGUUCAUCGACUCGUCACAUGGCGUGUCGAAACGCGCAGCGCAAACCGCCGCGAUCUCGAUCCUCCUCUCGCCCGGCCUUCUCAUCAUCGACCACAUCCACUUCCAGUACAACGGCGCCAUGUACGGCAUUCUGAUCGCCUCACUCGUGCUCGCCCGCAAGAAGUCGACGCUCCUCUGGAGCGGCCUCUUAUUCGCCGCGCUGCUGUGCAUGAAGCACAUCUACCUCUAUCUCGCGCCGGCCUACUUCGUCUUCCUCCUGCGCGCCUACUGCCUCUCGCCCAAAUCCCUCUUCCGCAUCCAGUUCCUCAACUGCGUCAAGCUGGCCGUCGGAAUCGCCGCCAUCUUCGGCACCGCGUUCGGGCCCUUCGCCCUCAAGGGCCAGAUCCCCCAGAUCCUCAGCCGGCUGUUCCCCUUCUCCCGCGGCCUCUGCCAUGCCUACUGGGCGCCCAACGUCUGGGCCAUGUACUCCUUCCUCGACCGCGCGCUGAUCAUCCUCGCGCCGCGUCUCGGCCUGACGGUGCGGGACGAGGCCUUGCAUAGCGUCACGCGCGGCUUGGUCGGCGAUACCGCGUUUGCCGUGCUUCCCGAUAUCACGCCGCGCGUGUGCUUUGCCCUGACGCUGCUGUUCCAGGCGAUCCCGCUCCUGAGGCUGUUCGCCCAGCCGACGUGGGAUAAUUUUAUUGGGGCGGUCACGCUGUGUGGCUAUGCCUCAUUUCUCUUUGGCUGGCACGUUCAUGAAAAGGCUGUGCUUCUGGUUAUCAUCCCGUUCAGCUUGCUGGCACUCAAGGACCGCCGGUAUCUGGGUGCGUUCCGCCCGCUGGCCGUCGCGGGUCACGUCUCGCUGUUUCCGCUGUUGUUUACACCGGCAGAAUUCCCGAUAAAGACGGUUUACACGGUGUUUUGGCUGGUGCUGUUCUUGAUGGCGUUUGAUCGGUUAGCACCGGCGUCAAACCGGCCGCGGUUUUUCCUGUUUGACCGCUUCAGCACGUUGUAUAUCACGGUCAGCAUCCCGUUGAUUGUGUACUGCUCGUUGGUGCAUGGCAUUGCGUUUGGGAAGAGUUAUGAGUUUCUGCCGUUGAUGUUUACGAGCUCGUACUCGGCGGUUGGGGUGGUGGGGAGUUGGGUUGGAUUUAUGGUUGUGUAUUUUACGUCAUAG